AUGACAAAGAGGAGAAGCCUCUUUAUGGUUGGUUCUACCUUUACAAUAGAUCAUUUACCUCCAGAAAUAUGGCUUUGUAUUUCGAAGUUACUCAGAACAUCUGACUUGCACAACUUGUGUUUAAUUAACAGAAGAUUGUAUUUAACAAUUACAAGUGAUGGGAUUUGGAAAAAAAGAUGCUAUGACCGAUGGAUCAAUCAAGAAAACUUGGAUAUUUUAACGGGUAAUGAUUACGAUCCUAUACCAGUUUCUCAAUGGCAUUCUUACUAUUUACGAAGAGCAAAAUGGGAAAAUAAGAUCUUUUCUUUAUUAUGGGAGUUAACUGAGGAGACAGACCCUCAAAACUUCAGGGAGAAAUAUUUAUAUAUUCUUCAAUUUCGGCAUUACAAGCUGGCUACAUUUCUCCAUAGGAUCGUCAAACAAGGUUACAUCCCUGAUAAAAGACCACUUGAUUUAAUUACGUACGCCAAUUAUCUGUUGAAGAAUGUGCGACACAAGUACGUAUUUCCAUUAUUUUAUCCCACAAAUACCGCUGAAUUGAAAAAUCUGAAUAGCAUGGCCUCAAAGGAUGCCGAAAUGGUAUAUCUAAGAUUAUCUGCAAUUGAUACGGCUUUUGAUGACUUACUAGAUGCCAGAGAAUUUGUCUUGAAUGGCAUAUGUUCCGAUCUACUUCAAAAAUAUAAAAAGAUACAAGAGUUUUUAAAAUUACGGCCGGUGACUAGAAUUUCAAAAUUAAUCUCAAUCAGUACCGACUACCUCGACUGCUUUCCACAAUUUCCUGACAUAAUAGAUCAAACGAAUGAUAGGGCUACAGGAAGGAAGCUAUAUAGGGAAGAUUUCAUGUUACUAAGAGUAUAUUCCCGGGAGGGUCGAGGAUAUAAAACCAUUAUUCUAGCAAUAAUACAAGCUAUUGCCAAGAGAUAUAACGUUGAAUCAUAUCUUGCUCGAGAUCAUUUGGUGGUGUCUGAACCGGACUUUCCAGAUGGACGGGCAUUUGUUACCGUAAAUGAGGAUUUCCAGCCAUACAUUUUCAAUAAAGAAGACCUCAUGAGUGUCUGGUCCAGCAACUUCCCUAAUGCAGCAAAUUUUGAAAGUUCAGUCUUACCAGCGUUAUUAGAACCAAUAUCGAUACAACAUCUGCUGACGGAAUUCUUUCGUGAAUUACUACGAUGCAAGCCCAGGCCAUUUGAGGGCUAUCCCAAUAGAGCACACGGAUUACGCAAUAUGUUUCCAUACGGUAAAGUGGAAGUUCCCAGAGAUGUAACGAUGUAUUUUGCAUUUAUAUACGAUCUUUUUGAUGGCAUGUUCGAAUCUGGAAUGACAAAUUUGCGGGGUCGGAUGUUGAGAGAUUUACUGAACUACGUUAAUGCAAAUAAUUUCGGUGAUUUAAAUAUCAUUAUCGGACAAAAUGCUCUCAAGGAACCAAAUGAUUGCUGGUCCAAUAAGAGGGAUUAUGUCCUUCUUGAUGACGAUAGUAAGAUUGGAUAUUUCUAUAAGGAUAUUGAAACCGAGGAUACAUUGUGUGCUUUAAAUCAAUAUGAAGUGGACGGCAAGGUUUUUAUAACAACAAUAGAUAUCCUGGGUGAUAUAAGGGUACGCCUAGCCGAAGGGCUAACGCCUUUCCAGGGAGAUUCUGAUAAGUUGUGGGAGAGCUUUUCUUCCGUGGUUCCACGAACUGACUGGGGGCUUUUUUUUAAAGGCUACGACAAACAGAAGCAUAGGAUGCAAUUAAGCGCUUACAUACAGGAAAAGCUUUCCAAUUUAGUGGAUGGUGAACAGCCGUUACACAAUUUAUAG